AAGAACUUUCAAAUUCUCUGCAAGACAAAAUCAAACACAAAUAUUAUAUCAACAUAUAGUCAAUUACCACAUUAUCAAUCGAGACAAAAGAGAACAGGAUACAUUACAUCCAAGUCACAGAAUAGUAAUAACUACGUCAUUGUGCUCGCCACAGGGAAUGAUGAUUUCAUCGUUUCUACUCGAUACGGGCAGAUGCAAAUGCUUGUAGGGCUGGAAGUAGGGGAUAUGAGGUGAGGUGUAUGGUAGGUAUAUAUUGAGCGGUGGGAAUUCCUAGCUGAGUUUUUGAAUCCUUGAGUUGGAAAGUACUGAUAUUCCGUUUUGGUGUACGAUACCAUCUGGACUCUUGAUUCUCUGGACGAUUUUUUGAACGGAAAGAAAGAGGAGAUAUAUAUCUACGAGGAACUACUCACUAGAUACGAGAGAUAAUUUGCACCGACAAGAUGCCUACUGCAAUCGUAACGGGCGCGACUGGAAUAAACGGCCGCGAAAUCGUCCGCGCCCUCGCAUCCAACCCCUCACAAUGGACCACCGUCCACGCCAUAUCCCGAAAUCAAAAAGAAUCCUACCCAUCCACCAUCAAGCACAACUCCAUCGACCUCCUAGCACCCGCUUCCGAAAUCGCCUCUCAGCUCUCCAGCGCCGGCGUCGAAGGCGAAUACCUUUUCUUCACAGCCUACUUGCAACGCGACGACGAGAAGGAAAUGGACCGUGUGAACGGGGACAUGUUGCAGAAUUUCCUGGAAGCGUUGAGGAUUUCGGGCGCUGAGAAGAGGUUGAAAAGAGUGGUGUUGACGACGGGGGCGAAGCAUUAUGGGGUGCAUUUGGGACCGGUGAAAGUGCCGAUGGAAGAGGAGGAUCCGUGGGUGGAAGAGGGGGAGGGGAGGCCGGUGAAUUUUUAUUAUAGACAGCAGAAGAUAUUGAAGGAUGUUGCGGGGGGGAGGGGGUGGGAUUGGGUGGUUACGUAUCCUAAUGAUGUUAUUGGGGUUGCGAAGGGAAACUUCAUGAACCUCACCACCGCAAUCGGUCUCUACGCCGCCGUGACCAAAGAACUCAACCAACCCUUCCUCUUCCCCGGCAACCCAGACUUCUACACCCGUUUCGACUGCUUCACCUACUCCCGCCUCCACGGCCAAUUCAACCUCUGGGCCGCUCUCGAACCGCGCGCCUCCAACCAGAACUUCAACGUCGUCAACGGCGACGUCCAAUCAUGGCAAACCCUCUGGCCGCGUCUCGCCCAUCGCUACGGCCUCUCCAUUCCCCCAGACCAAUUCUCCCACCCCCUCCCACAGGGCUACGAAGAGAAAACCGUCCCCCUCUCCUCCAACCCACCAUUGAACAUCCAGGCCCCUGAAAUGGGUAUUCAGGGCCACGUCCCGAACGGCGAGCUCCGCAUGCGAAUCGAUCUCCUCUCCUGGUCUCAGAAACCAGAGGUGAAAGAGGCGUGGAACAGGCUCGCUGAGAAGAAUAAGUUGCAGAAGGACGCGUUCGAGAAAGCCACUUGGUUCUUUACGAAUUUUGUCCUAGGGAGGAAUUAUGAUGUGGUGAUUAGUAUGAAUAAGGCGAGGAAGUUGGGUUGGGUUGGGUCGGUGGAUACGUGGGAUGCGUUGAGUGAGGCGUUGGAUGAGUUGGAGGAGGAGGGGAUUUUGCCGAAGAGGAAGUAGGAUGUUAAUUAUUUACCUAUGUACCUAACUUAGGUGGGUAAAUUUGUUCUGGAUGAUGAUGAAAUGAAUAGGUGAGAUAUGCAUACCAUACCUACAUACAUUGGAUGUAUAUGCGAAUCCUCAGGGGGGGCCAGGGGGAGGGAGAUAAUGAUGAUAAAUUUAGGUAGUUAAAAUAGUUCUUAAUUACCUAGGUAUAUAUUAUUAUAAUACCAAUUCUUCUCGGAACAAGC